GCUCGGCGAGAGAGAAAGAGAACAGGAAGUUUCAUCUCUGGCACAUGUUAAGAGGGAAAGACACUUGCUAACCGAUUCACCAACUGUGACCAGGAGCAGCUGGACCUCGGGCAAACUGGGAUGUUGAAGGAUGGCUCAGGGUGGCAUCCAGACUUCCAGUGGGGACUACAUAGAUGCAUCUUGGGAGCUGAAGAUCGUGGUGGAAGAGUUGGGCCCUGAGGCGGAGCCCAUCACCCUGAGAGUGAACGGGAGCGUGCACAUUGGCGGCGUCAUCCUUCAGCUGGUGGAAAAAAUUGAGAUAAAGAAGAACUGGUCGGACCACGGGCUGUGGUGGGAACAGAAGAAACGCUGGGUUCUGAAAACCAACUGGACCCUGGACAAGUGUGGCAUUCAGGCCGACGCCAAGCUGCUGUUCACCCCUCAACACAAGUCCCUGCGUCUCCAACUGCCCAACCUCCGAACGGUCAAACUGAGAGCAAGCUUUUCCAGCCCGGUCUUCAGCUCCGUCAUCGGCAUCUGCAAGAUGCUCACUGGGCGUGGGGCAGCCAUCUUCCAAAACCCAUCUGGGUCACGCUCUCAGGAGUGGGGCGCUGGGGGCUUGGGAGGGGGAGUACAGGUCACCAUCAUUACCCAGUCUGGGCCGUCACUUGACCCCAGACCCACUACAACAUUGUUGAUUCUUACCUGGACCACCCCGGGGAACUCUGCACUGGGUAUCAUCCCACUUCCGGAAAUUGUUUCUGUCAAUAUUAUUGCUAGCCAACAAAUCUCCAAGUCAGCACAGAUUGCUUAUUGGAGACGGUUCACAAAUACAUCUCAUUCCCAGCAGGCAGAGAGCCAGAGCAAAACGUUCCUCAUCUGA